CCACUUGGAAGCAUCCUCUCUCCCUGCUCUGUAGUUGACCAAAUACAACUCCUCUUCCGUUGCUUAGCUUGGUCCCAAAGAACCAACCACCACUCGCUCAGUCAGUCUCCCACACACACAAACCACUACACCACCACCAACGACUUACUUCCCGGCUACUCGCUCACCUCUCUUCAGUUCCGGCCUUGUAUAAAAUCGCCACUCGCACUGUCUACUCGAUCAUUGUACACAUCUCCCUCACUUCCUUCCUCAACCCACUAGCUAGCUAACUACCACUACUCCUGCUCUCUUGUAGCGAAGGACGUACAAGCAAGGCAAGACACGCGUUCUUUGGAUCGAUCGGCAUGGCAGUGGAGGCAGUUCUCGACGCGGCGGCGAUACCGUGGCCGGCGGCGAGCGAUCAGCAGGAGGAGACCACGACGCAGCAUGGUGGUCUGCAGUACUGCGCCGAGGGGUGGGGCAAGCGGAAGCGCACGAGGCGGCAACAACAGCAGCCACCCACAGAGGAGGAGCACCUCGCGCUCAGCCUGCUCAUGCUGGCGCGCGGUCACCGCGACGGCACGUCCUCGUUGCAGGCGCAGUACACGUGCUCCGUGUGCGGCAAGGCGUUCCCGUCCUACCAGGCCCUCGGCGGCCACAAGGCCAGCCACCGCCCCAAGGCAUCACCCCCCUUCAUCGGCGCCGUCGACGAGCCCGCCGCUAAUAAUACGCCAUCGCCCGCCGCGUCCUCGUCCACGUGCAGCGGCGCAGCUACAGCAGGGAAGGUGCACGAGUGCUCCGUGUGCAAGAAGACGUUCCCGACGGGGCAGGCGCUGGGCGGCCACAAGCGGUGCCACUACGAGGGGCCCCUUGGCGGCAGUGGCAGCGCCAGCCGCGGGUUCGACCUGAACCUGCCGGCGCUGCCGGACAUCAUCGUCGCCGAGCCGCGGUACUGCGUGCCGGCGGCCGAGGAGGAGGAGGUGCUCAGCCCGAUGGCGUUCAAGAAGCCCAGGCUCAUGAUCCCGGCUUGAACUUAUCGUCAAUUGAAAUUCUUGGGAAGAAGUUCAUCUCCGGCCUCGUGUCGUUGUAUUCUUGGAUUGCUGCUUGGAGUGGUUGGUUUGUUCAUACGUAGAUACCUUUGCCAGCGAUGUAUGUAGAACGAGCUGGGUGUCUUCCAUUCAUGUAGUUUCGGUGUAUAUUUUGUAUCAGUAUAUCUUUGUAGAAUGUUUCUUUCAUUAAUUAAUUUGUUUUCUGUAUCACAAUUGAACGACUUGGAGAUAUGGUAGUACAAAAGAUUUUGUCACUUUAA